AUGUUGAAUGAGAUUGACCAAAAAGUCAUUGUGAUAACGAGAUUGGCAGUGAUCGUUGCUCAAGAAACGGUAAAACUAUUUUCAGCCAAGUCGAAGAUAUAUAAUCAGUUCACAGUUACGCCAGCUAAAGAGUUUAAGCCAGACAUGGAUGCCUUUUUUAUUAUGAAAUGGUGUUUCGCCUUGGUUUCUCUUUUCCAGUCGUCACCUGCCACGGCUGAAGGAAUAUACAAAGACGGAAAAGUCAUCAUUGGAGCAAUCUUGCCAGUACGAUACCCCAAAAACUCGAAUACCUCAAGAUUUUCGUGUGCAGAAUUGCGUCCUCAAGGUCUUGCUCAUGUGGAGGCUGUGUUGUAUGCUAUUGAAACUAUAAACAAAGACAACUCCCUUUUGACAAAUGUGACUUUGGGAUAUGAUGUAAAAGGAAGUUGCUUAAACCCAGCUUUGGCAAACACCUUGACUUCCGAAUUUGUCACAAGAAAUAAGGCUAUCAGACUCAAGUACCAGCUGAACGAUACGGACAAAUGCUUUCAAAAGUACUUUGGGAAUCUUCGGAAGCCAAUUGCAGCUGUGAUCGGACCUGGAGACUCCAGGAGCUCUGUCGUUGCGGCCAGUCAGUUGAACAUUGAUGAUAUUCCUCAAGUUGCCCCGUUUGCCACUAGUGAAGAACUCAGCCAGCCAUAUUUCAAGACGUUUUUUAGGCCAGUUCCACCAGACGGACAACAAGCCAUAGCUAUCGCCGACAUUGUAGACUAUUUCAAAUGGAAAUACAUUUACAUCAUAGCCGAAGAUAGUACCUACGGAAAAUCCGGCGUCAUGUCCCUGCAAAAGGAAGUCGAUGAAAGAGAAACGUUUUGCAUAUCUGAGAUAGCCUACUUCCCAUCGUCCGGUUACCAACAGGCCAUGAAAAAAAUUGUUUCAAAAAUCAAAUUUUCGUCAAAAGUGAAAGUGAUGGUGUUAUGGAGUGGCACUACUACUUCAACCCGUUUCAUUGAAGAAGCCYACAGUCAAGGAAUUACAGGACGAACGUGGAUUGCACCUGACGGAUGGUCCGAGGAAACGCCUUUGUUUAAGACCAAUUUCAUGCAAACAAUUGGAGGAUUCGUGGGAACAAAACUUCGAAAGUACAACGUAGAUGAAUAUUUUCGCCAUUUAACCAGCUUGAACUAUUCAUCUGCAAGAGUUCAGCACCAUACUUGGUGGAGAGAGUACUGGAUGCUCCAGAAMAAAUGUGAAAACAUUUCGACAUGCGAUUUUACAAACUUUCGCAUCACAAAASAACGAUAUCACGAAAUGUAUUCUUCUYAUCUUCCUUUCRUAAUCGAUGCAGUCUAUGUGAUUGCUCAUUCCCUUGAUGCAAUAUACCGCUGCCAAGAAAGCMCAACAAACGCCUGCCCAAAGACUGAACCAUUUAUUGAUACAAAAGACAUUUUGAGAUACAUACGCAAUGUAACCUUUGAAGGAGUAACGGGAAGAGUCGAUUUUGAUGAACAUGGAGACUCCAUUAKUUCGGCCGCCUAUGAUAUUGUUAAUUUACAAGCMGGGACCACURCYCCUCAGUUGAAGAYWRUYGGCACUUGGGACCGAAACAAAGCAAGCCGACUAAAUAUAAGCARCAAUUCAUUGUAUUGGAACAACGGCACUAACAAGGUUCCAGUAUCAGUAUGCAUAGAACCGUGUUCGCCAGGGUACAUGCAGACAAUGACAGUAGAAUGCUGUUGGGAGUGCAUCCCCUGCCAAGCUGGUCUUAUUAGUCAAAGAUACAGCUCUUCGAACUGCACUGAAUGCCCAAUAGAUCAAAUGCCUAACCAAGAUCGAACAGAGUGCAYUGACUUGCCAGAAGUGAAUAUCUCAUUUUAUGAUUCUCAGUCCAUUGUUCUCCUCGUGGUGGCAGCCAUCGAGCUUGUUUUGGUUCUCUUUGUCUUAUUCAUCGGCUUGAAAUACCGAAAUACGCCAAUUGUCAAGUCUUCCAAUCGAGAAAUGAGUGUCGUAUUUCUUUUCGGAAUAGUCGUUGGAAUAGUAUCUGGGGUUAUCCGCCUUGCUCGUCCAACUCCUUUGAUAUGUUAUUUCAACAAUCCACUCGACGCCCUCUACUGUACGCUAUGCUUAUCUAUUCUAAUCGUCAAGACCAAYCGAUUGGUUCGAGUUUUCGAGUUGAAUUUCGUCCCAUCACGAAUUAGCAAGAUCUGCAAUCUUAAGUAUACGCAAUUUAUGGUUCUGCUUUCUUUGAACGUAAUAACAAUAGUACUCAUGACAUUAUGGCAUGUACUCGACCCACCUUACGUUCAYGUUACAACGGAACGUUUAAAGUCAAAGCACUUAGAAUGCAGACGACAUAAGAGAACUGUUGGCCUUGCUCUUCAAGCUUCAGUGUAUGCAUACCAGUUUAGUCUGUCCAUCUUCUGUGCUUACUACGCGUUCAAGGCCAGGAACCUACCAGAAAACUUUAGUGAAGCACGUUACAUUGCCUUUGCRAUGUACAUGCAACUUCUGUGUUCGAUGUGCUAUGCUAUAUUGCAAAACACCGUGACGGGGAACUUUUUAACAAUUUUCUCAUCAGCGAUAUUAAUUGUAAGUUCAAUUGGGUUUCUCGUGUGUAUGUUUGCUCCAAAGGUCUACAUCAUUCUGAGAUUCCCAGAGAAAAAUACUUUGAAGUACGUACAGAAAUCUGUGGCAAAUCAUUCUCUUCACAAGGACUUUGUAUCCAGUGAUGCCACUAAGAAUGCUUUGUCCUGCAAACUGAAGGAAGCAGACCGUAGUGAGGCUGAACCUCCGGUCAGAGAAGCAGUGGUGAUCUUAGAACCCAGUGAAGUCUUCCAUGGCGAUGCAAAGGGAAUGGAAGUUCACAAUGAAGAGAAAGAAGAAAAUCUAUAGUUCAAAAAAAUAUCUUGUGCCGUUGUCAAGAACCACAGAGCUUUUCAGAUUUCAGAUAUUCCGGCAGGCUACCAUCCACAGCAAAACACAAGAAAAGUUCCAGCCAAACCGAAUCAAUUCCAAAAAAGAGAAGAAUAAAAAACUAGCUGAGCAUUGUAAUCGAGCAAUGUUGGAUCUAAAGUUAUGAAGAUCAUGAUGACAUACGCAAUAUUCUUUUAGUGGACUAUUCCGUCGUACACUAGUCGUAUGGGUCUCAGUUUAUUUCUAUGUUUAAUUAAUACAAAUCGCCGAUCUUUGUUUGUUACUGUUUGACUAUAGUUAUCUCAGUCCAAUGGCCGAACUUAUGUAUUGUAUAAUUGAAAACGAAUUGAUUCUUAUACAGACCAUGCAUCAUUUUACGUGAUGGAGACGUUGUAAUUGUAMACACUUUUUAAUGUUAAAUGUAAGGCCUGUUUUAGACGUCGGUCUUUUGCCGCGUCUAAACUAAUUGCUUACAAGCAGUUUUUUUGAAGUUUUCAGUCUACAUCGAUUGAUAUUUACAGAUUAUAGCAAUACGUUUUUCCAACUGAACAAAAUCUACUAAUGUCAAUAAAUUCACUAAAAAUGUACACAAUGCUCAGAAACUCAACUCCACCAAUUAGAUUAAAUUCGACAAAUGAUCGACGUCGGAAACGGGCCUAAAAUGUAUAAUUGCACUCAUAUUUAGAUGCCGCAGUAUCCUGAACUAAAAACGUUAUGAGAAUUCAAGCCUUUUUAGUCAAUUCUGAAUAAUUUUGAAUCUUUCUUAACUAUCAGGAUAGUGAAUAUAUAUUUUUUGGGGGUUCACCGGAUGUCUGCGGAUUCAGUAAGAAGCAAAAUGAAAAAUAGUUUGAGUAUCUCUGUAAAUUUAAAUGCACCAUGAUGAAAUCCAAUGGUUUUUGCUCAAGUAAACUGAGUCAUUUA